CUGGCUAUGGCAGAAGAGUAUCAAAUUGAAGAUGGUGGUGGUGGCCUACUGUUUCAUGACCAGCACGUUCGUUAAUAACUCCCCACAUUCCCAAAAGCAAGAACAAAAGAGCUUCAAAAUAAAAACCAAACCGAACCAAACCAAACAGCAAACAAGUCCCCACAUUCUUCUUCUGUUCUUCCUUCUUACAGGUGUUUUUGAAGCUGACCCAUCUUCUGAAAUGGGGAAAACCGGCGGAAAGCUGCCGAGUUUUUGCCUGAACCGGAUCCGGUCUCAUGUUCGUGUGCCAAUUCAGUCCAAACCGGACUCUGUUUCUGUGAAAACAGGGGAGAGGAAGGGCGGGGAGUUUGAUGAGAGUAAUGGCGGAGGUAAGCCGGCGUUGGGAAUUGGAAGGAAGAUAAUGAUUGUGGUUGAUUCCACCAUUGAAGCUGAAGGAGCUCUUCAAUGGGCGCUCUCAAAUACGGUUCAGAAUCAAGAUAUGAUUGUUCUUCUCCAUCUCACCAAACCUUCAAAAAAAGGAGAAGGAUCUAAGGAGACAGCACCAAGAACGUAUGAACUAGUUCAUUCGAUGAGAAAUCUAUGUCAAUUGAAGCGACCGGAGGUGGAAAUUGAAGUAGCAGUGGUGGAAGGGAAGGAGAAAGGGCCAGUGAUUGUGGAAGAAGCAAGAAAGCAAGGGGCAUCGUUGCUGGUUUUGGGGCAGAAGAAGAAACGGCCGACGACAUGGCGGCUCCUGAUGGUCUGGGCCGGCCACCGAUGGGGUGGCGGUGGAGACGGCGGCGGCGGCACGGUGGAGUAUUGUAUUCAGAAUGCGAGCUGCAUGGCGAUUGCAGUGAGAAGGAAGAGCAAGAAAUUGGGCGGUUAUUUGAUCACAACAAAACGCCAAAAGGAUUUCUGGCUUUUGGCUUGAAAAUCUCUUGUGAAAUGUAAUGUAAAUAAUGUAACGACACGUGUCUCUCGUGGAUUGGUUGGGGAAUUGUUUAUGAAUGGCUUGACCAAACUUUGACUA